AUGCGUAUUAGGUUAGCCUCGAGCGACGCAACGACCUGCCAGCGAGCGACACGACGACCUUCCAGCGACACGACGACCUGUCAGCGACACGACGACCUGCCAGCGACACGACGACCUGCCAGCGACGCGACGACCUGCAUUGGACUUCCAGUUCAUGGCCCAACGUUCAGUGACGUGCAAGGUCCAGGCGAGAAGCUCAUGGAGUGCAACUGGCUACAGUUUCUUGACACGGAUUUACUAGCAGUAAGUGAAGAUAAGUGGCCAAAGCGCAAUUGCGCUAGAGAUACGGGUCUGAUCGAACUUUGGUCCUCGCAUGGCACCCAGCAUUCAGGCGACUGGAAUCGAGCAGCCGCCAUGCGAAGUGAUUUGGAACAACGAGUCGCGCAUUUGCUGAAAGACAGGGUGAACGCAUGCAUCUCCAACGCCUCCAUUAUAGAGGUUCGUUACAUCUUCUUCUACUAUUCAUGA